AUGUACGUGGCUGAAGUUGACCAGCGAGACUGGGAUGAGUAUGCUGAGCGGCUCACCUUUGCCAUUAACACUGCACAAGAUCGGAUCCGGGGGGAUACCCCAUUUUAUCUGAUUCAUGGGUGGGACCCGCGAUCGACUUUGGAGGCUACGCUACCAGUGGGGAAUACGGGGACACGAGAUCGCGAUCCAAAGAGGUGGAGAUACAAAAUACAAAGACAAUACCUGCGAGCCCGAUCUGCAGUGAACGAUCGUUUACAAGCCGCGAUCCAGGAGCGAGCGGAUCGACACAACGAAGAUCUGGAACCACACGAGAUAGAAGUAGGAGCGCAAGUUUGGCUAUACCUGGACCGAGUUAAAGAGGGAUAUGCGAAGAAGCUAGCGCACAUGUGGCAUGGGCCAUUCCGAGUUGCGGACGUAAAGACGUUCUCUGAACGCCCGAAGGAUCAGCUUACGAUAGAGGAAUCAGAUCGCUUGGAUUUCGAUGAAGCUCUGCUGCCGGAAGACAGUUGGGAUGGCGAUCUUGAAGAAGGGGAAUACGAAGUGGAGGCAAUAUUGGACGUGCGAACUGGUAGAAAAACCCGUUAUGGGCGAGUACACCGGCAGUUUCUGGUGAAGUGGAAGGGAUAUCCCGAUCUAAGUUGGGUGGACGAGGCCGAUCUACGUUGUGGGGCGAUCUUGCAAGAGUUUGAGCGGAACCGAGUGAGUCGAAACCGUUUCGACGUAAUGCAGUCUCAUGAAGGCAAGUCAGACGAACCUUAA